AUGCGUCAAUUACUUGAAGCAAUAUCUCCAACAUCAUUAUCCAUUAAUGAAGACAGUUCAUCUACGAAUCACCAUCGAUCAGCCUUGUUCUUUUUACUUGGAGGAUUAAUCUUUCUCCUAAGUUUGCUGAUUCUUCUGUUUAUUUUCUGGAAAUAUAUCCAACAAGAACAACUUAGAAAGUCAGGGGAGCCUGAAAACAGCUGCAAAGAUUAUUACAGAGGGAAUAUAAAGACAAUAAGCUAUUUUAAAUUCCAAGCAUUAAAGAAGGCGACCAAGAACUUCCAUGAGUGUAAUUUUCUUGGAAAAGGUGGAUUUGGGCCAGUCUAUUUGGGUAAACUACAAGAUGGGAGACAAGUUGCUAUAAAGAAACUAUCUCUUGAAAAAUCACAACAAGGAGAUGAAGAGUUUCUUGCAGAAGUGAAAAUGAUCACUAGCAUACAACACAAAAACCUUGUUCGCCUUCUUGGUUGUUGCUCUGAAGGAUCUCAAAGGCUGCUUGUUUAUGAAUACAUGAAGAACAAGAGUCUUGACCUCAUUAUUUAUGGAAAAAGCGAAGAGUACCUCAACUGGAGCACACGAUUGGAAAUAAUUUUGGGAAUUGCUCGGGGAUUACAAUAUCUACAUGAGGAUUCACACAUGCGGAUUGUGCAUAGAGAUAUCAAAGCUAGCAACAUUCUUCUUGAUGCUAAAUUUCAUCCAAGAAUUGGAGAUUUUGGUCUUGCUAAGUUCUUCCCAGAGGAACAAUCGUAUCUUAGCACCACAUUUGCUGGAACAUUAGGAUAUACAGCUCCUGAAUAUGCCAUUAAAGGAGAAUUAUCUGAAAAGGCUGACAUUUAUAGUUUUGGAGUGCUUUUACUUGAAAUCAUUAGCUGCAGGAAACAUACCGAUCUUACUUUACCAUCAGAAAUGCAAUACCUUCCUGAAUAUGCAUGGAAGUUGUAUGCGAGGUCAAAGAUAGUUGACCUCAUAGACCCAAGAAUGAGGAACGGUGGUUUUGUGGAGAAAUAUGUAAUGCAAACAAUUCAUGUGGCUUUAUUAUGCCUUCAGCCCCAAGCAAAUGUAAGGCCAUCCAUGUCGGAGAUUGUGGCUAUUUUGACUUGGAAGGGCAAAAUGGUCAAAGCACCAAUAAAACCGGAUUUCUUUGACGGGGGAUGUCGAGUGAAGGAUGAGAAUGUAUCUUGGGAAGCCAUCUUAGAUUAUUACCCUUCUCCUCUCGAAAGCAAAUCUUACAACCUCAUACAACCUCCAAACUCUGGAGAGUUCACCGAAAGUAGAUCAUACAGCCUCAUUCAACCUCCAAACUCUAGAGAAUUUAUAGUGAACUAA